AUCGGACAGCAACCAAUCUGCAUCCGAGAGACGGAACCCAGUAUGCAUUACAUCGAUGAUGCGAUAUCCAUACGAAACUGUGUACCUAGAGCAUUCCAGAGUUUCCUAGAAUCUGAUUGUCAUCUGUACUGCACGUGGAAUGAACAAGCCAAGCCAUGUUCUCACGUCACCAUAAUCUAUACAUCACUCACAAAGCGACGUCAUGUGAAGGUUUGACAAAGGGAGCUUUCUUUCGAUCGAGAGCUGUUCUGUCAUCCAUUGCGAGAAACACGUCUUGUCUCUCCAUCUUUGUGCGUGUCUCGGCGUUUUUGCUCAAUCAGCCUGGACCUGUCCCUGUUUGGGUGCGCGUCGAAAGGGUAUCACGCCACCCUCACGGCAUAGGCGACUGCAUCGCCGCAAAACAUAAACAGCGCCCCACGUGCCUGGAAGAGCCUUCAAUCCGAACUUUACUUGCGCUGUCACAUUCGCAAAAACCCUGUGCGACACACGGGAGUGCCCGCUCUGUUGUCGGGUGUGGCUUUGCACUGUGUAAAAGUCUUUCCACUUUCACAAAUCUUUCGGGGUUCUGGUCUACCUCUGUCGGGCACCGUAGUCAAUCCAUCAUCCUCAUCAUCAUCACCCUCAUUAUCUUGUCGACCUUGAACUUGCUUGGACAUCCAACACCCCAUCUUUCCAUCCUUCGUCCGCAUCCAACCACAACACUCAGACGAGAUUCGCAAUUCCAUCGGAAUAGCUUCGUCUCUACCUACGCCACAUGGGGCGCCCAGAUGUCAAAGCUCCGUGCACAAGAGAACAGCUGCCCCUUCCCCGGACGGUACCGAGAGCGUGAGCAGUCCGUCGUUCGACAUGCGCAGUUCCGGUAUCUCUGAAUCUUCCUACUCGAUCAGAUUUUCUUGAUCAGGCACGAGAAAGAAAAGAAUGUGGAACACCGAUCUAGUGUAAGGAUCGAGUGGAUCACCACUUGGAUUGCAGUUUUGAGUUUGAACUGCAUGCUUACCGAAGCAUACUCC